AUGUUGGGUCGACUGUUAAGCACCGCCGCGUCAAGCUUGAACCCGGCCACCUAUUCUUCCUCUCGCAAUCACGGAACUCCCCUCGAAUCGGUCACCGAAGAGGAACAUACCUCCGGCCUUCUCUUCCCUGAUGCUAGCCUGCUCCGUCGCUCCAACACCCAUGCAUACCCAUUACAAACGACCUUUCACUCUCCCAAUGCCUCCACUGCUGGUGCUUACGAUGACCGUGGGGGGAUGGAAUUGGAACCAUCCAAGGAUUUUCGGGUGAUUGUGGCACAGAACGCCCUGGGUGACCGGGAUGCCUGCGUCUUGUUGGACACACGUGCCUCAUCCGAUUCUCCACCCACUGGUCUCGGCAUCGACUCGCAGGGCCUCGAUCAAACUGGCUCUAGACAUGCUCGUGCUGUCUCCAGUCUAUCUCGCGGCACUCGCCGCAAUAUCCAUACACAAUCAUCCGUCGUCGAAUCGAGUCCCCUUGCUACCGCCGCUAGCGCACGGCGGGCCUCAACAGCCAGUGCCAGCGCUUUCUCCCGUGCCCGAGGCCGUAGCUCUACACUUACCCCCGGAGGAAAUUGGCCUGAUAAUCCGAGACACGGCACCGAUUCCAAUGACACUGGCUUGCUCAACUGCAUUUUCGGCAGCAGCGCGUUCAGCUACCGGGGUUCAUCAACAAAAAUGCACAUCAUCUCUGCUGACGAUGACCCUGGAACGUCAGCUAGCAUGUCGCCUGCCGGUCGAAGCCCCAUUGCCCGAGCUUACACCACUGGAAGUCCCUCUGGAAUGAUGGGAGCGGCUCGAGGCCCAGAUGGAAAACCGCCUGCCAAGGUCACCGUUUUAUUGACCCGGAUGUUCAGUGUCAAUCUUCCAGAAGGCCCCGAUGCUUCAGCCGAUCGGCAGGAUUACGCCAAUGCUAUUUACCAGGAGUCUCUUCCCGAGAUGGGCUUCCCCUUUCCGGACGUGGCAAAACGGAAGAAAAUCAAGGAGAAGAAGACGCCCAUGUAUGCGGUUGCGAUUACGAUUCAAAUCCCCUUACUUGCACGCAGUAAUGCGGGAAGACCAGUAUCUCGAUUCAGCACCCUCGGUCUGGAUUCUUCUCGGAUUGGACUUUCUAGCUCUCUGGAUUCGGACUACCGUUGGCCCGGCGUACUUUUCGAUGACAGCUUAUCAGCUGCUUCCCCUCCAGCGAGCUUAGACGAGCGUUUGGAUCUGCUGGUUGAUCAUUGGGAUGUGAUUACCCGCACAUUAUCCCACUUGGAGCGACUUGCCCGGAACGAGAUCCUUUUUUUGUUGCGAAAGGUCGAUUCCCUCGCUGGUUCCCACCCGAAACCUGCGAAACCUCCGAAUAUGCAGCGCACCAACCAGACCAUAGUUCAUUUGCCGGCCAACAUACUUGCAGUGAAUUCCAAACUCAAGGAAGAGGCCAUUCGCAGUACGCGUCGAAUCAGCAUGGCUCUUCAAACCCCAUAUGUCGUGACUGGCCAGAGUCGUUGGGGCGUGUGGCGAGAGGAAGGCCGUUCGAUUGUUCGGGGGCUUGGAGAUAAAGAAUCAAAUUUCUUCUUUUUGGUCUUGCUUACUGCAUUCCUGGGCAACCAUACAGAGUGGCUCAAUGCCCUUGGGCCGGAAUGGUACCGUCGCCGCCAUAAUCAGCAGCAAAAGGCUCAACAGGAUUCUGAACCCAUCCUCACCCACCGAACUGUAGUCAUCUGCCCGGACAAGAUGACCGCCCGCCGUUUGAUUUUCCUACUCUCUGCAUUCUUCCCCUCCAAACAGCGAAUCGAUCCUCUGCCUUCGCCGCUCCGUCCCGGAACCUCGGCGUCAAUGCGCGCCGUUUCUCAAAGCCCCCCGGCGGUGCCAGUCCUUCGCCAGGAAUCCCUUAGGAGGGCUAUUGAACGACGCACACGAGCCCAGAGAGGCUUUCCCGGCGAGAAUGAAGCUGUUGACAUGAAUCCCCCAUCACAACAUCCAGCCGCACGUAGAGGAUCAGAUGCCCGUUCCAUCCGGACAUUAGGUCCCAACCCCCAGGCCAGAGAUCCUCGUGCUAGUGGAGCAACCAUCUCGAUGACGAACCAAAGCAGUACCGUCCCUGUUCCUCAUUUCACUUCACAGCAAAGUCGUACCAGCCAGGGAGGACCUGACCACAGUGGGGUGGAGUCCAAUGACAGCCUGGCAUCGGAGAACUUGAUGAAGAACCUACAGCGAUGCGACAGCACUGUACUGAGCUCCAACGGAAGUCUUCCAUCUGCCGGUGGCCGCUGGGGAGGUCUCUUCUCGGGCCUGUGGAGCUCACGACAGGAGUCUACAGAUGGGGCCGAUUACUACUCUCCAUCUCAAGCCCGCAAAAAGUCGGUGUCUACAAUCGCCGGUCCCAUAACACGUGGCCCACCCACAUUGAGUGAAAUGGUCAAGGAGGUCACUGAAGAUGAGGCGGAGCAUCGUUCCGAAACAAUACUUUCCCCGGAGCCUUCAUCUCUGACAAGCCAAAUUCGCGAGUCCCCUCUGAAGCUGUCAGUGCGUGCCGAAGACGGGGUGGUAGACGUCGAUCUUCCACUGCCUGGAUUCUUGUCUCUCUCUUCCUCGGGAGACUCUACAAUUGCAUCACCGAGAAAGACUCGAGCAUCAAUUAACAGCGUCGAUGCCAUUCCAUCCACUCACAGCAGCGGCUCCGGAUUCCACAAUGCCAUGAAAGAUACCCCUGAUGGCCCCAGCUCUCACGUUGCUGGAUGGCUGAAGGUAUUCCAUGAAGAUUUCUCCCUGCAAGCAGUCAGACCUUAUGCAUCUGUUGAGGCAGAUAUUAAACGCGCCAUGCAAGCCGAACCCUCACCCUACAUCCCUUCGACUCCAGACGCAGAUGGCUCAGAGCGUUGGGUCGAUGUUGCAACUACCUUGAUUGCAGAUACCCGGGCGUCCUCUGUCAAACGCCUCCGCUUAAGGCGCAAGAUUAUCGUGGGCCAUCAUUAUGGAACGAGCCAAACCCCUCCAUCCCCGGUCAGUGGCCACAACCAAGGCCACCGCUCCUCUUCAACCUCCCAAUUACCUGGCAUUUUCGGCUAUAGCAAGUCGCCUGAUGACAACCUCAGUAACGGGCAAGACCCUCACCAUGUGGAAGAAAGAUUCAUCGAGGAGCCUGUCAUGGAUCUCGACGGUAUUCUUGUCGAUGCAGUUGAGCGAGUCCUCGGACAAAGCGGAUAUUCCUCGCUAGCACAAUCACGUGCCCCGUCACCUUCGCGUGCUCGUCGAGGAGAUGACACCGGCCAGACCACGCCCCGAGCAGAAGAUCCUCCUGUUGAAGUACCCCGUGCAGAAUGUCGCAAAAUGGUGCUCGGAGCUCUGGAAGAGGUUGUCCGCAUCGUCACAGCCGAGCACUGCCGGGAAGACGUUGAUACCGAACUAGGCAUCGCCGACCGUGAGCGUCGACGUGCUCAGAUUGGUGCCGAUAAUACCUUGCGUCAAGGAAUUCGCAAGUGGCUUCUUGAUGUCGAAGAAGCUUGGUGA